UCCGUCAUUCAGAUGUCAUUGAGAGGUAUACGAUCACAUAAUGUUUUUGUACGAUUAUGAAUAAAAUUCGAAAUGAACACCAAAAAUACCCCAUUCACCAUCGAGAUUAGUUUGGACAAAGCGAACCUUUUGAAUUCAGAAAUUGGCACCCUUUCUCUCUGCCAGGGAGAUCAUAAGAAUCAGCACGAGGAAUAUCAAUAUCUCCAACUCAUCACCAAAAUCCUUCAAGAUGGUAUCAAGAGAUCCGAACGAUCGGGUUUGGGAACGUAUUCCCUCUUCGGGGCUCAAAUGAGGUUCAAUUUGAGGAAUCACUUUCCCCUUCUCACUACCAAGAGGGUGUUCUGGCGAGGUGUGGUCGAGGAGAUGCUGUGGUUCAUCAGUGGAAGUACGAAUUCUUUCCACCUCAGCUCGAAGAACGUCCACAUCUGGGAUGCCAAUAGCACGAGGGAGUUCCUAGAUGCCGCAGGGUUGCCUGACAGGGAGGAAGGUGAUCUUGGACCUAUUUACGGGUUUCAGUGGAGACACUACGGCGCUGAAUAUAAAGGAAUGAACGCUGAUUACACAAACAAAGGGAUUGACCAAUUAUCUCACCUCAUACAAACGAUAAAAACCAAACCGUGCGAUAGAAGGAUGAUAAUGUGUUCGUGGAAUCCAGUAGACAUACCGGAGAUGGCCUUACCGCCUUGUCAUUGCUUGGUUCAGUUCUUCGUGGGUAACGGUGAGCUAUCUUGUAUGUUGUACCAGAGAUCUGCCGAUAUGGGACUGGGAGUGCCGUUCAACAUCGCCAGUUAUGCACUUUUGACUUGCAUGAUUGCACAUGUUACUGAUCUUCAACCGGGCGAAUUCAUCCACACUUUGGGCGAUUGUCACAUUUAUUUCAACCAUGUUGAUGCGUUGAAAGAGCAAAUCCAGAGGGAGCCUAGACCCUUUCCCACACUCAAGAUCAAGAAAAAGGUGGAGAACAUCGAUGAUUUCACCUUCGAUGAUUUCGAAUUGAUCGGCUAUAACCCUUAUCCUAGGUUUAAUCAGGGUAUGAUUACUUCUUAGUAUCCAGAGUGUUAUUGAAGACAAAUAAAUAUUUCUGUAAACCA